AUGCCCUUCUCCCAUUUUUCCAAGUCCAAGGCAACCGCGAUCCUCUGCCACGUUGUCGGAAUCCUGAGAGAACAGUUACUUUCCCCCGUUGGGCAGAUAAACAGCGAUUACAUCAAUACAGCAGCACAACAAGGCAUUGCCCAACCUUCGGAACCCAUCGGUCGGGUGGCCACACUUUCAAGGCGGUUCAAUUCACUUGCGAUGAGCCUCUCGUCGUCGCCUUGGUAUCAAGGCGAGAAACGGAGGAGAAGCUCUUUACCUAGCCUCGGUGGCGCAGUGUUGGAUGGGUCGUUGAGCAGGGUGCCAUCGAUCAGCGGCGCAUCGGUUCGUAACUCCAAAGACAAUUCUCUUCGAGGGGUGUACGACCUUGACCCCCCUCGGCCACCCAAAGAAGGAUAUGAAUGGGUUUGGUAUCCGGAGGGGUACUGGGCCGAGCGCAAGUUUCGACCGAUUGAUUUCGCUGCAGCCAGUAGCAGAACCCCUGAGGCCAAAGUUUGGAAAUGGAGAAGACGGUCUAGGAAGACUGGAAGCGGAAGCCACGACAAUGACGCGUCUAGAGCUUCACCAAAGACGAACCAACCACAACAGCAACUAUCGACGUCAAACAAUACGCCUACCUCCCCACAUAGCCCCUUUCGUACCGAGGAGGCUCAUAUCCUUGCUUUACAAAGCCCAGGUGUACAUCUAUUGACCAGCACCAGCCUUGUGGAAAGCGAGUGGCUCGCACCAAAACACAGCUUCCAAACUCCUAGGUCAUUAGAUCUAUCACUACCUGCUGAAGUCAGCCCAGAUAUCCCUCCCGAAUCCCGAGAGACUUUUGGGUUUCUCUCCAAGACAGGAAUCAGCGCAAUGUCUGUCUUUCAGAAAACAAAGGACCGGCGGAACAGCAGCGGUGACAGAAUCAGUAAGCCCUGCAAGCAGCAACUCAUCUACACUGGGGCCAAGGAUCGCGUUCUCAGACUACCAGCCAAUAUCCAGGAGGGGAGGCUACACGAAUCCACACACCCCCGCUGA